UAUUGUCCUUUAGGAGUGUCUUUGUGGAGCCUCUAAAUUUAUGUCCUCUAUUUAUGCACACAGUCCCUGUUUUCGGUGGAGAACUUUGUCCAUUACAUGACUGUGUCCUUGGAAAUGCUGAUGAAUGAGGUUCCUCGAAUGAUAGUGAACGUGGUCCAGAUACUGCCGAUGGAGACCCUGAGGGAAGUACAGAAGCCCACCCCAGGAUGUCUGCUCCAGAGGUCAUUCUGCUCCUGUCUGGUAAAGCCAGCUGCUGGAUCUGCUGAUCUAAAGGAGCUGGUUGGAGUCAACUUAGAAUUCCAGAAAGCAUUGGAGCAGCUCUUGCACAGUGACCGCUUCUUUAAGAAUGACUUUGCUGUAGUUUUGCAGCCAUUCCUGAAACACGCAGAUCCUCCAAGACUCCCUAAUGGAAAGAUUGACAUGAGCUUCUUUACUCCGGACUGUUUCCACUUUACUAUGAAAGGACAUGAGGAGCUAGCCAAGGGACUGUGGAACAACAUGUUUCAACCUGAGGGUGAGAAGUUUAUGGUGGAGAGCUUUUCAAACCCUAUUGAGCUUAUUUGCCCCUCUGUGAGUCAUCCAUACAUUUACACCAGACCCACUGCUGCAAAGCCAGGCCCAUCAGCUGGCAUCAGACUAGCCGUUCUCCACCUCAUGCUUGCCUUGGCUUUCCUUCCAUUGUGGUUGGCUGUUAAUCUUUCCUCCUUGUAAGACAUCCAUAUGGAGUAUCGUGGUACAUCAUUUCUGCCCACCUGAUGUUCUCCUUGGGCUGGAUAUCAAUGCUUUGACGGCCUCUGAACCAUUGAGGAUCUAUUUUGAGACUUGAGCCACUGCGGGACGAUCUAUGACAAAACUGAUAAUGAGGGAGUGAAAGAUGAAAAACAAGUUAUCGAAAACUGAAAAUUGGAGUUGGCAAAAUACGAUGACUUGAUUACAGUCAAUAUAUUUAAUUGCUCUAUGGAGUUUCUGAAAUGGAAAUGUUGAAACCUCAGAAUAGAACAUUUUAUGCUAAUGUGAUGACCUUUUCUGAUAUACCCAACUAAAAUAGCACAAGAGCAGGUGCAAAGCCACAUUUAGCUCUGCGUAAUGCUGCUAUAAUUAAUUUAGGUAUGAAAGGUAAUGGUGUAAGCUAAUUCCGGGUGGUCUGAAUAAAAACGGCCAGAGGUUACGCUGUAAACUCAUUAAGCCUGUGCGGAUAAAGGAUUUGAAUGUUGAGUGAGAACCAUUGUUUUGCUUCUGACAAGUAAACUGUUUGAGAGCUUCCUAAUGCCUACAGUAAUAAGAUAAUUGUUUUGGAUGCUGCAACGUGAGAAGUGCUUUCGGUCUUCUCAAAUAAAGCUUUCAGAAGGGAUACUUACCUCUUUUCCUUCCUUUUUUUUUUUUUUCUUUGAAAGUACUUUUUUUGUUUUGUUUUUUACUUUAAAUACGCUUUUUCCAUACAUGCUGAGGGUUCUGCAAGGGUCA